GCAAAUAAAAGAAGGGAUAAACAGCUCCAACGACUGCCCAAGAAGAGCGCCGAAAAAUAAAACCAGCAGGUAUACGUUGUCGCAUUCCAUGACAGUGACUGGGCGGACCUAAACUGUAUCCCACCGGCCCGUAGAGCUAAUUAACAUAUGAGCAAGAAGAAAUACUGGCAAAUGUCAAUAAUAGGAGUCAAGCGAGCGGCUUGUAAGGGAUCAGAGCUCUGAGACUGGCUGGCGGAGCCCCGUUAAGACGCACAAGCGGAUUAGGACUGGCGAGCAGGUGCCUUUGUUGGCUCGCGCCGUUGCUAGUGGAGACCCGCAGUAGCCCGACGCGCUUCUUUAAAAUUAAUGCAUAUAAAUGAGCGUCUCUUCAGCAAACGGGGAAUAAAACGCGCUUGACAGUUCUAGGAGUUUUUUAACCAAUGCGAGUUCCGGCACCAUGUUCUACGGUUCCUCAUCUGCCAGCAUGUCUCUGCCAUCCAAAAACCGCCUGAAGCGUCAGAGUCGCACUUUUACCCAGGUUCUGUACCGGACACUAAGUUAUCGGGAUCGUCGUUCUGUGACUGACCUACCUGAGCAGGUACGGGACGAUCCAGCUGAGCUUUCCACCCAAUCAUCUGCACCAGGUGUGCUGAAGAUAUUUGGUGAUGAAAUCAGCACCGGCGCUAACUACAAAAGUGUUCUCGCCACACCUCGUUCCAGUGCCCAAGAGUUGAUCAAAGAGGCGCUUGAGCGCUAUUCUCUAAACAAGGCCUCGGCCUGUAGCUAUGUGUUAUGUGACGUGAUUGGCCGGUUUGAGGGCCCAGAUCGACGGUGGCGGACUGAGUGCCUUCGGGCGCUAGGAAACAACGAGAAACCCCUCCUCUUGCAGGACCUCUGGAAGCCAAAAGAGGGUUACUCUCGCCGCUUUGAGCUCAGGCGAAGAGCUGAGGUCGAGGAACUGGCAGCCAAAGAGAAAGACACAGUCACUGCAGAUAUCAAUGCUCAAGCAAGGAAGCUACAAAGAAACCGUGCUAAAGGAACAAUGACACUCCAGCACAGCUCCUCAUUUUGCCGCAGCCUCAGUGAAACCAGCCUUAACUUGGUGGGUCUGCCUGGUGAGGAGCCUAAACGGUACUACUCCACCCUCCCACGGCCAAUCAGAACACGCUCGGCACGAGACGCUGAGACCCAAAAAGAACGAGAUGGGGGCAGAGUUAAACACUCUCUCUACCAAUCACCACACUUGCUGCUCCUUCAAGGGUACAACCAACAGGAUUGCCUGGUUUACCUGUUGAAUCGAGAGCAACACACAGUUGGUCAGGAAACAGCGUCAGCACGGCCAAAUAUCUGCCUGUCAUCUCCGGAUGUGCUUCCACUUCACUGCCGAAUACGUCGUGCACCGCAACGGCGCUCUUCCUCGGACCAGCGAUUACUUCUGGAGCCCGUCGCUCACGGCAAUGUACUGGUUAACUUCAUGCGUAUUGAGCGGCCCACUCCACUACGUCAUGGGGAUUUGCUGUCCUUUGGUGCUCAUUACAUCUUUCUGUACAAAGACCCACUCAGUGCGAAACCUCUUCCUGCCCAAACUCUCACUCGACUUCGGGCGCUGGCACGACUAUGCGAUAGCGAGUCGGGGACUGUGCCUGAGAAAGGGGACGCAUGUCGUAUGUGUGGGGCCGUAUUACAUGAACCAGUGGUGUCUCGGCGCAGCUCUAAGGCUCCUGCACGAGCUGCACAGAAACGAAAGCUCACGCUGGAAUUUGAGCGGGCUCACGAGGAUGCGCUGGUGAACCGGGUGCUGACACUUAUUGAGCCGAGCGGAGAUGACCACAAGCUGACACCAGCAUAUUUGCUUUGUCUAUGCAUCAAGCACUCAGCAAAUACAUUUCCACCUGGCAGCUUCGGUAAACUAUUGCUGAAAAUUGCCAAGAGGAUUCAGACCAUAGCAUGGGAGAAGACAAAGGAGUUGGCACAGAAGCAAGCUCAGCAUCAAGAUCCUGCCUCGCUGUCUCUGCUCAGCAUCUCAGACCUAGUACCGGAUCUCCAGUUCAUUUUCUUCUGGAUGUCCAAUGCCAUCGAAAUACUGUAUUUUAUCCAGCAGAAAUCACCUGCGUACAUGCAGACUAUUGAGCUCAUGGAUGAUAAAGCGGGAUCUAAAGAAUCUCUCCUCUCAGCAACAAUAUCAGCAAACGAAGAAGCUAUGACCAUACUAGAGGAAGUGAUCAUGUACACCUUUCAGCAGUGUGUUUACUACAUCACUAAGACCUUGUACGUUGUGUUGCCCGGGCUGUUGGACUGUAACCCAUUUGGGACGGAGUCUGCAUCAGAGCACUGCCGGCGGGCUGUUGGAGUGUGUGUGUGUGCUGUGUGUGUGAUGCCAGAGGCGGUUCGCAGGGUGGUGAGUGUGUUUCAGACUACAUCAGACCUGCUGCAACAGUACCAGGUCCAUUCAGAGAUUCAGAGUCAAAUGUUUGCCUACCUCUUCUUCUUCACCAACGUCUCACUCUUCAAUCAACUCAUCGAUAAAGGCCCCGUGCGUGGCUGGUUUCAGCGUUCUCGGGUCCUGCAGAUCCAGGCUAGUGUCAAGAUGCUACUGGACUGGGCUAAAGGGACGGGACACAGUCAUCUUGCUCACAAAUUCUUUGCCAAGUUCUGUAGCGCUGUGAGCAUCCUUGCCACACCCCCACAACAGCUUUCACAGAUGAGUUGGAAAGCUUUGUGUGCUGAGCAUCCAUCUCUGAAGCCUGUGCAGCUACACAGAAUCCUCACACAGUACCAGCUCAUGGCGGAGCUCGGUCCUCUACCAAUCUGGCAACCAAGCAGUGAAGAUGAGGCAUAUAUCUAUAGAACAGUUGAUCUGCUAGAGAGUUUUGAGAACCACCCUCCUAUUGUGCUGCCGAGUGCUGGGUUCAAGGUGGACCUGGAGAGUGACAGUGUGGAGGACAGUAUAUACCGCCAACUACUUUACGUUCGUCAUUUCCUUUGGGGUCUUCGCUCCAAGACCCAUCCUUCUAAUGGCUGUGCAGACCGUCAGGAUUCUCAGCGUGAGCCUCCUCAGCCUCACUCCAGUCCACAUCCAGCACCUCCUUUGCGUGGGGAGGGAGAGGGGGAGGUGCGGGGCUCCUCCGCGGGUCUCGGAGGAAGAGGAGAGGGAGCUGGAGCUGAGGAACGACCCAGAGACAAGCCGCCGCAUAGCAUUCACUACAGAAACGGGACCAGCAUCCGUUACGCCAACCAAACCCAAGCGACAGACUCUUCCUGUAUACUGACUCCACCUAAUACGGCCCUCUAUCCGGAACACACGUAUAUACACUCCAACACACAGUCCAAUCCAGCCCACUACCCUGAGCAUGCUUCACAAGAGCACACACAUACACACUCUCACACGAAGUCCAAUGGUUGCAUGCGUUCAACUCCAGAGCACAAGAAAAUCAAUGGCUUCAUCAGCAAUGGCAUUGAAGGCCCUUUGAGUGGUUGUGGUUUUCCUUUCCCUGUCCCUGUCUCUCAUCUGGCCCCAAACUCUGAUGAUAUCUGUUCCGUCUUUGUAGUGGACCUGGAUAAAGGACCUUACGGCCUGGGAAUGGGACUUAUCGAUGGGCUUCAUACCCCCCUGAACUCUCCUGGAAUCUACAUCAGGACACUGAUUCCAGAUGGACCAGCUGCUGCAGAUGGGCGACUUUGCAUUGGUGACAGAAUCCUGGCAGUGAAUGGGACCAGUCUCAUUGGAGCAGACUACCAGAGUGCUGUGGAUUUGAUUCGUCUGGGGGGAGGACGGCUCCGGUUUCUUGUCGCCAAAUCAGAUCUUGAAGUAUCAGAGAAGAUCAGUGCCUCUUCCUGCUGAGAGAGAGGCUGCAAGUGUGACCCUCUACCUAGACGAAAUAUGAGGAGGACAGCAAUUCAUCCUUUCCGAGACUGGAGUACAAGCACACUAUAGGACCUCUCAGCGACUAUAACUCAGCCCUGUACAAUACUGCACUCUUUCUCAGUCAGAAGGACAGUUUGACAUCUCUGUCUUUCUUUACCUCUUAGCCAAUCUGGUUUUGUUUCUUGAAUGUCAAGGAAUGUUGAAGGGGAAGGUAUUUGUGCACAUAAUCAUGAACGGAGACAUGAAACGGGGCGAAAGUGGGGUUUUAAUUGUGGGGUUAAUUUGCUUUAUAAAACAUACAAACAAUCAAGAAAACAAUAAAAAACUGAAACAUUUCAAUAGCCUCGCUAAAAGGCACAAAUAAGUCUUUAUCUUAUCUUUAACGGUUGAUAAAAAGAUCAGACGAAUCUUCUUUUUCAUUAAUAAAAGCUUCUGUCUUUCAAAUUGAUAGUAAACAAAACUUUGGCUCAAAUACUUGACGGUUUCCCCAUUUAACAUUAUAUAUGCUGAACGACUGCACUUCAAGAGCCUCAUUUCAUGGUGCAACUUUCUUCCUCUCUGCAUAAAUAUUUUAACAAAAUUCUCAGUUCGCUAUGUUAGCCGUAUUUGCAACGACUUUAAGUUCACUAACUCACAAACUGCAUAUAUACAAGCAUAUCAUUUUCAAAAUGAUAAAAUGUUAAUAUAGGACAUAGAAUUCAUAAGCUGUUUUGUUUAUAUUUGAGAGGACAUGACUCUGCACAAGUUUUUGAAUACAAAAAGUGUU